UGUGUCGCCUGCUGAUUCCAAAAAUGUUCAAUGUAAAAAUAUAAAAAUACACAAACAACGCACGGCUAAAAUUCGAUUAACAACAAAAGCAACCUUGAAAAGGCAAAACAACGACAGACCUGGCUAUUUUUGUGUGUCGAAGUGGAAGUGCUCGAAAUUGUAUUCCAUGCAUGCGCUUGUCCAAUCAGAAAAACCAAAAGGCAGCAACGGCAACUGAGAGCGCGGCCAGAACAAUUGAAUAUGUCGUCUCAUGGUCAUUAACACUGCUUGGCUGUGUGUGCGUAUGUGUGUAUGCGUGCGUGCGUGCAGGAAUUUGCGUACGCAGCAACGCCAGCGCAGCAGCAGCGAAAAACGUAGCAAGAAAAUAGUAGUAGAUAUUGCUGUGGCAGAAUGAGUAGCAUGAUUUGCAAACAUGCCGUGCUCGUUUGUUAAUUAACUAAUUAAAAAGUGAAAGAAGAGCAAAGUAAUAAAUAGGUGUUGUAGUCCGAGCCCAUAAAAUAGAACAGCCAAAUUCGCAUUAAUAUGACAUCAUACGCAAAUGAUACAACGGCGACGGCAGCAGCCGCAACAACAACAACGGAAGGAGCAGCAACAAAUGCAGGAGCUGUAACGCCAGUAGCACCCUUAGCAGCUACAACGCCAGCAACGGCAGUCGGCGCAGCUGCUAAACAAGUGUCCAGCAACAACAGCAAUAACAACAGUGAAUACAACGAGGACGACAACAACAGCUUGGAUGGCCGUGAGAAAGCCGACACGACGCCCGAGAACCUCAAGAAGAUUGCCGAGAUCAUAAACGACAAAGAGGCAGCGACAGCUACGUCAGGCUCACUGUCGCCGCGACUGCAGCAUGAGCAGCUUCAUACAUUGAGCUUCGUAGGACUUGGCGCUGCCAUCGAUGAGUCAAACACAAAGUUCUGCCUUGGCAAGCCUCCGCCAUCGCCGGCCGAAAAAGCGGCUGUGCUGAGCAGAGCGAAUCAUCGGCAGAGUCAGAGCAACAAAGAAAGCGACGCUGCUGAUGUGGACGAAGAGUCCACGGCGUCCAACUCAACGGCGACUAAGCAGUCGUUGGCCUUCACCAUAGAUCACUUCGACGCCUCGGAGAACGACUCGGCGGCUCAGGCUGCGCGCUACAAGAACAUGAUGGAGCGCUUUCAGAGUCGACACAGGCGUGGCGCCUCCAUGUCGAAGCUGGAGAGCGAGGGCAGCUCGGUCAACAGCGGCAACGGGCGACACUCGCAGCGCAGCAGUCUGGAUGCCAGCAGCGUGGCCGAUGAUGCUUCCGUGGCAGCCACCGAGGCAGCGCCAGCGGUGAAGAUGCGAGUGCGUGAGCGCAGCGCCUCGCGGGUGAGAGACGCUUCCAAGCGCCACAGCUGGUCGCCGCGCAGUUCGGCCACAACUGAACCACCCGCCCGGGCGCCCAGCCAGAAGCCAAAGCAGGCGCAGCCUGCGCCGCCAAAGGGCACCUCUAAUAUGCUGGCCAAUCGCACCGCCCAGUUCACACCACGUUCCACUGCGAUGCAGCUGGCGCUGAAGCAGGUGGAGCUGCUGUGCCCGCAUCCGCCGCUGAAUGAUAUCAAAGCCGCCGACGAGGAUGCUGUCAGCGAGGCUGGCACCUAUACGCUCGAUGGCGACAACUACACCGAGGAGCAGAAGGAUCUCAUGAACAUAGAUCGAAAUGCUGCGGCGGCUGCAGCUGCUGCUGCUGCGUCGGCGGCUUCGACCAAACUGCGGCCCAAGCAGCUGGCUGUGAAGCCGAGCCGCGCCAGCAAUGUGCUCGAGGUCAACUACUACCACGAGACGCCACAACAGGAGCAGAAGGGCAACAGCACCAACGCCAAUGCCAGCGGCGCCUACUUGGAGCAGCUCAAGUCUCGAGUGCUUCAUUCACAGGCACCGCCCACGCCUCCCUCGCCUCGUUCGCCGGCCGCCGACGUGGGCUGCUUCACCAGCGUCACGACCAGCGGUGUGCUGGCCAAGCAGCGGGCGCUGGACACGCAUCCCAAACUGACGCGCCAUUCGCACAGUCUGUCCACCUCGCAGAUCGACAGCUCCGAGUACGUGAGCAACGAGGCCAAGCUGCGCCAUGCCCAGGCCCAGGCCAUGGCAGGCAGCGCCACGGAUCGCCAAAAGGCUGAGUAUCGACUGAAUGUGUUCACUAGCAGCAACAACCAACAGCAACAGCAACAGCAGCAGCAACAGCAGCAGCUGCAUCAGUUGCCCGAGACGCCGACCACGCCCACAGAGGCAGCGCUGCUGCAGUCGGCGCCCACAAAGCAGGAUUGGAUUCAGGAAUGGGCGCGCAAUGCACGUGCUCGCAGUCUGGCCCAGGAUGUGAGCAGCACCUCGGCCAACCGCCGCAAACAGCAGGCGCAGGCACAGGCCCAAGCCCAGCAACUGAUGACACGCAGCUACAAUUGCUCGGACACUGGCGCGGAUUCCUUGACAGAUGAUAGCCUUAGCUUGUAUAACCAGCAGCAACGCCAAUAUGCAGCAGCUGCCAAGCUUAAUCGCAGCCUGGCUGAGCGCUACCGACUGCUGGGUGACUGUGACUACGCGAGCGAUCCGGCGCUGUGCAGCCAAGGCCAGAUGCCGGGCGAGCCGUAUAAGCCGCCAAAGAGUCCGAGUAAGAUACCCUCGCCGCUGCACACGCUGGGACGUGCGCGCAGUGCCAGCCGCUCGCGGCCAGCCAUGGAGCAGCUGCCGUCACAGACGACAUCGCGUCGCAGCUCGGUCAAGUCGCCGGCGACACAAUGCAGUCCACAGCACAGUCUGGAAACAACGGCGGGCUAUCGUCGCUCGCCGCUGCAUCGCGCAUUGAUGACCAGCAGCAUUAACGAGGCGCAGCUGCAGCUGUUGACCAGCGGCGAGUAUCUGCUGAAGCAGCUGCAUCGGCGCAAGAACUCGCUGGACGAUGUGGAGCAUGUGGAGCACGCGGAGCUGCCGACCUCGUCAGCUGGCUCCAUAUCGCCGCUACGACGUUCCAGCUCCUUCCAGCGACCGCUGCAGACGCUGCGGCAGGCGCGCCCUAACUUUCAGAAUCUGUAUACUCCCCCGGCGGCACGCCACUUGCAACAGCAGCAGCAACAACUGCAGCUGCAGCUGAAGAAGUCCGCCAGCAGCAACAACUUUGACCAGUCGUACAGCGACUACGACAACGAGCUGCAGUACUACAUCAAUGACGAGGACGAGCUGGGCACCACGGGCCCUUACUACUCCAGUGGCGAGGAGGAGGAGGAGUUGGAGCAGCGUACGCGGCAGGCACAGCAGGCACAGCAAACGCACAAUGCUUCCGACUCCACUGUGCCGUUGACUAAUACGCGUCUUAAUAAGGCGCUGCUCAUGCGCAUCGAGCGCAGCAAACAGCGCGUGGCGGGCAGUGGAGCAGCAAGUGCAACUGGUCAGGGACUGACGCCAUCCAAGCCCAGUUCGGCGCCUGCGGGCAAGCUGAAUGCAGCUGCCCAGGCAGCAGCUGGGCUGGUAGCCUGCCCCAAUACGCCAGAGUUGCCAAGGCGCGGCAUCAAGAGCGCACAGCCACGCGCUGCAUCUGGCUGCGGGCCCAAGUUGCGGCAAUCCAUGCCACGUGAGACGAGCCUCAGUCGCUUGGCUCAGCAGGUGCCCAGCAGCUUGGCCAAUGCCAAGAAGCAGCUGCUGCAGACAGCCAAUGCAACAAGCAAUGUGCGCGUGCAGCCCAAGUACCUUGACAUAUCCAAGUACAAGUCGGCGCAGUCGAACAACUUCUUACGCAAGAACGAUGCCAAGAGCACUCUAAAGCCAGCCGAACAAAUGAAGCGCAGUCCCAGCGCCUCCUCCAUGGGUCUUAGUCGUACCGAGGGCACGCGUGCCAGCAAUCGCAGCGUGCGCUCCAACACCUCUGUGAUGAACAGCAGCACUACAUCCUUGGGUGGUGGCGGCGGCAUCUCAGGCAUGCGCGCCUCAUCCGCAGUCCGACGCGAUGCCUCAGUGAACAAGCAGAAGGAGGCCGAGAUGGUCAUGUGGAAGCGACGCUCCACCUACGAUCCCAUGAAGGCAGCUGCCGAGGAUAGACGCCGCAAAGAGGAGGCGCGGCGUGCCCAAACACAGGCCCAGGCUCAGCAGCAAUACAACGAUAUGGCUGACGAUGUGCCUUUCGAAAGUGUCCUUCGCCCGGCCAACAAUCUGACCAUCACAGGCAGCAUAAACUACAGCCCAAGAAAUUCAAUGGAAAACGAUGCCUGGACGCUUGGUGAAUCAUCCGAGUUCGGCGAGUAUCCCGAAGACUACGAAGAUGACGAUGUGGACGAGGAGGAGCACGAGCAGGGCCAGGAUGAAUACGUUGCUGGCCAGGAGUCCGACGACGUGUUCGAGGCAGAGACGGCGGAGGCCACAGCUUAGGUCAGGCAGCACCAACAGCAGCAUCAAGUUAAACCAGCAACAGUGAUAUAUAUUAAAGCGAUCUAUAUAUAUAAAUAUAAAACUAUAUAUUGUAUAACAGCGAGCGCAAUGCGAUUUAGUUAUUAAUCUAUUCCUAUACCACAUCUAACAUGAUAUUUGAUUUAUAUAAACUGAAGUAAGGAAACUGAAUGUCUUGAAUAAACAGAGUGAAUACUUUGCGAGAUGAAUAUUAUUUACGAUGCUGUCCAGAA